AUGAUGCCUAAGAUUGAAACUGUUGCGAUUGCUGGUGCAUCUGGCACCCUGGGUCCCCACGUGCUCCAAGCACUUGUCAAUGCAGGCUUUCAGGUCUCGGUCCUCACUCGUUCUCAAAAGCCUGGAGCAUAUGCCUCAAACAUCAAGGUCUUCGAAGUUGACUUCAAUUCAGUGAAGUCACUCACUGCUGCACUUGAAGGUGUGGACGCUGUCGUGUCCACAGUGGCGGGCGCAGCAGUUGACAACCAGACUGUGCUUAUCGACGCCGCUGUCGCCGCAGGAGUGAAGCGUUUUAUUCCUUCUGAGUUUGGCAACGUUACUACCAAUCCCAAGCUCGAAAGUUUCCCACUGUAUAGUUCCAUGUUCAAGAUCCGAAAAUAUCUCCAGGAAAAGACGGCAGCUGGAGAAUUGUCAUGGACAGUUCUUGCCUGUGGCGCCUUCAUGGACCCUAUUUGGAGCACUCCAGUUUUUCUGGAUUUUCAGAACCACACUGCGACUUUGCUCGACGAAGGCGAUAAUCGGAUCAGUUCUACCUCCUUGACUGUGGUGGGAAGUGCUAUCGUUGCAAUCCUGCAAAACCUUGACGCCACUCGGAACAGAGUCAUACGUGUAUCCGAGGCAAUUCUGACUCAAAACCAACUGAUUGGGUUUGCAAAGGAGCUUCGGCCUGAUAUCGCAUGGAGGACUAGCAAGGAGCAGACAAGCGUGCUUUUGCAGGAGAGUCUGGAACAAUUUGGUGCCGGUGACUUCAGUAUGCCAGCCUUCAUGAAACUGAUGAAAGGUACCGCUCUCGCCGGUGAUACUUAUGGUAGCGCAUUUGAUGUGACGGACAAUGAACUGCUGGGCAUCAGAGAACUGGCACCAGCAGACGUGAAGAAGCUUGUCGCAGAGAAGCUUGCCUAG